CGCAAGAGGAAAGCUUGAAACAACGAACCCCUCUUCCAGAGACACUGUUGACGGUUAAACACAGAAGUCCGAUGUACGGUACAAAAUACAGCGUGCGUAAAACGUCGAGGGAAUUUAACUGCAAGUUGGAAUUAACAAUCUCCCCAUGAUUUUGUUGGCCAUUCCAGCCAUUCCAGUUAAUGAUUCAGAACCAUGUUUUUGUACGGAUUGGUCGUUUGUUGCUUUGUAUCGCUGCUGAUGACCACGACACUAACCCAUGACCUUAACAACACCGUAAAUGUGGUAUUCGUAUCCAUUCAUGCUGAAUCGCACUUGCCGUACAGCCUGGACUAUAUCGGUGCCGCUAUUGAUAUGGCGCUGGAAGAAGUCAGUUCUCGUUAUUCUCAGAUAAACUCCUCAUUGAUCACCUUGAGAAGCCACAAUGUGACAAAUUGUCCGGCCAUGGAAACACGCGCUGCGCAUUUAUUUGCGCAAUUCUAUUACAACUACACCGUGAUGUAUCCUACCGAUAGAAUUGUCCUUCUUGCUUCUGCUUGCAGCGAAGCCGCUGUUGCCUUGAGUGAUUUAUCCCGAGAAUGGAACAUCCUCACUGUCACUUCCGGUGGCACGGAUCCCGUGUUAGAUUCACGCAUUCGCUUUCCCUCGCUCCUUCGAUUCAUCCCAUAUCGCCAGCUGGAAGUGUCGGCUUUGAUGCUCGAUGUGCUGCGCUAUUUCAACUGGACGAGCAUCACUCUCAUCUGUGAUGAAGCGGCAGUGGAGAUUAAUUUUCUGCAACUGCAAUGCCGUUCUCUGCUCCGUCUUCUGGAAAAAACUCCGCAGAUUAGCUAUACACAUUUGCAUUACAAUUUUAUCACAAAUCCACAACAUGGACAGUUUUUGCUUCAGGCUGCCAAGUCUAGUAGAAUUUUUAUAUUCCUGACGCAUGGUUCUCGUCUUCGUUCCGUGAUGAAAGCCGCGCAGAAACUGGGGAUGGCUAAAGGUGACUAUGUUUUUAUUGGGUACGAGCCCUUUCGAUCCACAGCCGCCUUUGGAAUUUACCCGGAUCUGGGCUACCCCGAUGAUGAUGAUGUACGAGACGCAUACCAGUAUCUCUUGCUAGUCACCCGGCAUCAAGAAUGGAGUGCGGUAAAAGCACCGGUCUUGUCAGAAAUCAAGAACCGUUCUUGGUCAGAUUAUGGCUUACGAUAUCCAAAGAAUGAUGAAGUUACUGCUUUAGUUACCGGCUUCUAUGAAGGCAUUAUGGUUGCUGCGGAGCUGAUCGCAGAAGAUACUCGUCGGGCUUCAAGAGAUUUAGCACGCAGAGCAUGGAACCGGACAUUCUGCUCGCUGAUUGGCUGUGUUAAACUAAACGAUCAGGGUGAUAAGGAUAAUGAGUACGGGAUCAAAAAACUCCCGGAUAAUAGCUCUAGUCAUUUCCAAGAAAUUCUGAGAUGGAAUAAAACCACCAGCCAGAUGGAACAAUUAGUCGACCGUAUUUACUGGCCAGGAAAUGCAUCUGCUCCAUUAAACCGGCCCCCUUGUGGAUACACCGGAAACGCUGAAGAAUGUCAAGAUAACUACCGACCGAAAAUCCUGUCAACCGGAGUGCUACUAAUCGUUUUGAUAAUUUUAAUUACGAUCGGCGCUAUAUACUGGCAUAGGAAGCACAGAGGAAGACAAUCCUGGAUCAUACCGUUUAACGAGCUGGAAUUUUCCCGCCCUUUAUCUCAACUUCCCGAUAUUGUCCCACGAAGCAGUCGUGGCCAGAAAGCCACGUAUCGCGGAAAAACAGUUUGGUGUCGGAAUGCUUCGUGGCCCGAGCGUAGCAGUUUGCUGUCACAAAAACAGUUGACUAUUUUAACUGCGCGGAUAAACAUGAAAACCGAACAUGUCGCCCUACUGUACGGAGUGACCUUUCUACCAGACGCCUUGUGGAUAAUCAGCGAAUACUUUCCAAAGGGUUCUCUACGAGAUGUGCUAACGUGCGACAUCAAGUGGAUCGACAGCAUGCUGCACCUCUCAAUGUUACUCGACAUCGUUGAGGGCCUCAUAGCUAUACACGCUUCGAUUAUCGGUCACCAUGGUGCAUUGACCACCACCAACUGCAUGGUGGCAUCACACUACGCCAUUCGCCUCACCGAUUUCGGGAUAAAUUUCCACGAAACGGAACUUCAUAGUGCGACUAACAGACUGCAGUCGGAAGACGUGGCGGCAUUUGGACGUUUAACGUGUGAAGUGAUGCAGCGGGCGUAUCAUGACCAUCAGCAUGAGAGGCUCGCUUGCAUUGGCGCUACUGGAACGGGAAAUACACCGUCGAAAGCGUUUUUCGAUUGUAUCCAACAGUGCAACCGCCCUGACGCGGCGUUACGACCCAGUUUAGCCACCGUACAGCACAUACUUCAGAACAUAUCUGGACGACAUGGUCAUAAAUCGUAUUUUGACGUAUUGGUGAAAAAACUCGAUUCGUACUCCAGCGAACUAGAAAAACGAUUUUAUGAACAGAACAGCUUGCUUCUCGAAGAAAUGGAACGAUCGGCAUUCAUAAUCCAGGAAAUUCUACCCAGAACGGUUGCUCAACGAUUGCUCAGACAAGAGUUUAUAGCACCGGAGCUAUUCGAAUGUGUCACCGUGUCCUUUAACAAAAUCCAUAAUAUCAACGCGUUAACUAGUAGCAGUGAUCCAAAAACUAUCUUCAACGUCCUCAAUGAUCUGUACUUGGAACUGGAUCAUUGUCUGGCGCAGUACAAUAUUUCUAAAGUGGAAUCUGUUAUGGACGAUUAUAUGGUUGUCGGUGGAAUUCCGGCGCAAAACAACGGAAAUGCCCAUGCUGUGGAGGUGGCGCUAUUUGCGCUGCAAGCGCAAGUGACGGUUGCCAGUAACAUGUUCGGUGGGCAACGUAUUGCAUUAUGUACAGGAAUACACACCGGCACCGUCGUAGCCGGCAUUGUGGGCACGAAGACCAAACAUUACUGUCUUUUUGGAGACACAGUGAAUCUGGCAUCCCGCCUCGCUAGUUCGUCACCAGCUGGUAGCGUCCAAAUUAGCACAAGAGUGGAAGCAGUGCUACACGGUCAUCAGCCACCAUUUUCGCUAAUAUUUCGGGGGCUUGUUAAUCUCAAGAGUUAUGGAUUAGUUCCAACUUUUUGGCUGCUUGCGUCGGACGACUGAAGAACGAAAUACCAGACCACCUCGCCCCCUGGAAUAGGUCACCUUAAGUUCGUAUGACUGAAAAUAAGUUUUGUUGUUCUGUUGGGUUUUCUUUGGAAUAUUAAGGCAAUCCUUGACGACAACCGAAGGCAUGUGGAAGCACAUUUCACCAACGCUUUACUGUUGCAUCCUUUUGCGAGAUGUUUUGGGGAUACUUUGCGCAAUAGUUUGUCGACUCGGCUUAAAUGAAAAUUAGGAUAAAACAAGAAACUGCAAAUAUAUUUGUUUAUAAUCAAACAAUUCUGCCACAUUCUGUUAGAAAGAAUCCUGUCGGGUUAUAGUAAAAAACCAACAUAAAAAUUAUAUCGUUUCGGGACAAGUGCAACGUGCGAUGUUACGAAAAUGCUUAAUUGAAACGUACACAACUAGUACAGCUAAUAAUACAGCCACUUCCGUACAGACUUCGGCAUCAGGACCGUGUCAAUGGAAUGCACGACGCCGUUCGUUGCCGGCAGAUCAGUGAUAACUAAAUUCCCUUUG